AUGUUGAUCAAAGAUGGAACCAGGCACCGCUUCUAUGACAUCAUCAAGAAUCAGCACGUGCUUAUGUUAGUGGGCGAUGAUGUGGACGGCUUAUGUGCUUCCGUGAUUUUGACGCACUUGUUACGUUGCGAUGAUGCAGCAUUUUCCAUUGUACCGGUAGCCUGCUGGGAGGACAUCUCGAAGGUCCUGAACGAGCAUGAGCCAAGUCCCUAUAUUGUAAUGAUCAACUGUGGCGGAAAUCGUGAUAUUACGGAAUUAAAUAUCCCCGAAACGACAAAGGUCUUCAUUUUCGACAACCGACGACCAUUCGACCUGGAAAACAUUUAUAAUGAGAGUCAGGUUACCGUGAUGGCCGACUCAAAAGAAGUCUACGAUUCUCUAAAGAUUCCGGAAUAUCCCGACCUGUAUCGCCCGGAUUCUGACUCAGAAGAUGAGGACGAGGAGUCCGAAGAUCGGAUGGAGGCGGUACAACGAAGAGCAUUAAAACGGGAAGAACGUCGACGCUGGGAACAAAAGAAAGACUCCCUUAUUUGGGACUACUAUGGAUCUAGUUGGGUUUCCACACCGACGGCGCUUCAAAUGUUCGAGUUGGCUUUCGAUCUCAGCAGGGCGUCCUCCGAAUUGUGGUGGUAUGCCGCUGUGGCGAUCAACAGUUUGCUGACAGAUCACUUGAUUACUAAACAACAUUACAUGGAGUUGUGCUGUGACCGCUCGUAUCGCUUUAUCCACCGUUUCUCCCCAGCUGCGGGGCAGCGCGCUGAUGACUUGUUCCGGAUUAGCUUUGAAAAAGAGUUACCUAUUCCCCUAUAUUCGCAUUGGUCCCUGCAUUCGGCCGCUCGUGUUGACGAGACAUUUGCGUGCCGGACAAAAAACUGGACCCAGAAGGGUGAAUCGGACACAAAAUUUAUGUAUCUUCAGAUGAGUAUUUCAAUAGCCGAAACACGUCAGAAAUUUUCGACCCUAAAGACUGAUCGUCGGAAGGAAAUCGUCGCCUCCAUUGAGAAGGCAAUGGAAUACAAUUUCUCAACCUUCAUCGCGCACAUCGGCUUCUCGAUGAAGGUGCUCGCCUCGGAUAUUUCUCGUGUAUUGGCCUUGAAAUUAGAAGCUAAAAGGCCUGGGAGCAGUUUAAGCGAACGUUUUACGACUGCGAGGGAAUUGCUUACUGGAAUGGUCAAACCUGGCGAGCAAAUCGAUCUUUUAAAGGGCAUCGAAGCUUAUAAGGUCACUCUCGAGAAGAUGUAUAUUUGUUUGACGGAAGCCCUUACUCAAUCCGAAGUGCGACCAAUGGGCCCCUACUUUUUGUUUAUCUGUCAGCGAGAUAUUGACGAAAGUUUGCUGGAAUCCCGCCACUUUUUGACGAAUUUUUUGAUCUUUUUGCAAAAGGCUUUCGUCGGCACGAAGAGCAGCCGCACGAAGAAGCCGCUCAUCGUUUCUUUCAAAUUGGGCGGUGAACGGCAGGGAUGGCAUGUGGUUACCGGAGCGAUGCCGUUAGCUUCGAACUAUCAGGACCACUAUCUUAAAAAUAUUCUCGGGAAUGCCUACGACAAAUGCCAUGACGAAAAGAUGGUCCACAUUCGUCGAGAUUACUUUGAUCACAAUAUCGUCUUGCUCAAGUCUGAAGAUCGAACCCGGUUUUUCGACAAACUACAAGCGCUAUUUGUU